GACGAAAUAAAAAUGGUACCAAAAAUGUGCGACGUUUGUGGUGGUUAAUUUUUACGUAUUUUUAGUUAAUAGUUUGAAUGGUAUCAUUUUUUACUUUUACUUCUAAAGUUGUAUUUAAGUCAAAAGUACUGUGUAGAAAUCACACCAUCCCGUCAUUUUUAAAACAGAUUACACAAAAGAACUUUCUUGCUCGGUUGUUUUCUUCAUCACGUACAAAAAUGCCAACGCUUUUUACCGACGAGGGAAAUCCAUUUGCUAUAAAAGUAUUGGCUGCAAGUUACGUAUUUGAAUACCCAUUGCAAACAAAUAUUGUAAGAAAGAAAGACUUUAACCUUCCAGGAUGUUUCAGCCAGCAGUUACCAAUUCUUGAAGUUCAACCUGGGAAAUAUUUAUUUAAUCCAAAUACGGCUAGCAAUUUUAUUUAUAAGCAAUCGAGACAAGCAUCAUCACAAUGUAAGUCAACCUUUCAAAAGAUGGAUGAAUUGCUGGAGUGGGAAUCCCAGAAGUUAAUGCCUGCUGUGUUACCUAUCAUGCUGUCAGCAUUGUCAGAAAGCAAAAAGACUUCCACUCAUGUGUCAUCAAUGACAAACACGUUUUCUUUUAUUAAUGGUUUACUUAGUAAAGAAUUACGUUUAAUUGGGUCUACAACUACAAUUGCUGAUGUUGUAAUCUGGGCAAGUUUAUAUGGUGUAAUGCAAAUUAAAGAUGUUCAAGAUAUCGCUAUAAAUUAUCCUGCUUUAAUGAAAUGGUUUAAUGAGCUGUCAACAACAAAUUCUUGCAAGAAAGCAAUUGAUCAAGUUGUAGGUGGAAAAGGAAUCGAUGCUUUCAAGUCAGCUUUAGAAGGAUAUACUUUUGUGUUAUUACAACAUAAAAAUCAUACAGAGAAGAAAACAGUGAAAUCCGAAGACCAUCAUCAUGACGUGAAGCCUGCUGGAGAAGUUAGUGAGGAAGAUGUAGAAAGAGCAAAAUUACAUUGUCUAAAAAACAAAGAGGGUGCACCUAAACUGAAACAACGACAACACCCAAUAUUGCCCAAGAAAGGCGAGAAGAAUAUCCUAAUUACAGCAGCUUUACCUUAUGUCAAUAAUGUUCCACAUCUGGGAAAUAUCAUAGGCUGUGUACUUAGUGCUGAUGUUUAUUCUAGAUAUUGUCGCUUACGAAAUUACAAUUCGUUGUACGUAUCUGGAACUGAUGAGUAUGGCACUGCAACUGAAACGAAAGCUAUUUCCGAAGGUUUGACACCACAAGAAAUUUGUGAUAAAUACCAUAAUAUCCACUCUUCUAUUUACAAAUGGUUCAAUAUUGAUUUUGAUCAUUUUGGUAGAACAACAAGCCCAGAGCAAAAAACUAUGGUGCAGGAUAUCUUUUUAAAAGUCAAAGAAAAUGGUUUUCUUAUUAAAGAUUCUGUUGAUCAAUUACAAUGUAAAUCUUGUGACCGAUUCCUAGCUGACCGUUUUGUUGAAGGAAUUUGUCCAUUUUGUGCUUAUGAGGAUGCACGAGGAGAUCAAUGUGAUGCUUGUGGUAAACUCAUCAACGCUGUCGAAUUAAAAAAACCGCGUUGUAAACUUUGUGGAUCACCACCAGAAAUAAAAACUUCGGAACAUAUUUUUUUAGAUUUACCUAAAAUCGAGCCUAAAUUAAAAAACUGGGUUCAAAAGUCACAGGAAGAAAACUGGUCAAGUAAUGCUCGACACAUCACAAAAGGUUGGCUGAACGAAGGCUUAAAACCUCGUUGUAUCACAAGAGAUUUAAAAUGGGGUAUAUCAGUUCCAAUGGAGGGAUUUAAGUCCAAGGUGUUUUAUGUCUGGUUUGAUGCACCCAUUGGUUACAUUUCAAUGACAGCUUGUUACACUGACAAAUGGGAACAGUGGUGGAAAAACCAAGAGGAGGUCAAAUUGGUUCAAUUUAUGGCGAAGGAUAAUGUACCAUUCCACACUGUUAUGUUCCCUUCAUCAUUGAUUGCUGCUGAUGACAAUUUCACUAUGUUGUCUGAAAUCAGUGCAACGGAGUAUCUAAAUUACGAAAACGAUAAAUUUUCCAAGAGUCGUGGCGUUGGUGUAUUUGGUGAUCACGCUGAAAGUACUGGAAUUCCUGCUGACAUCUUUAGAUUCUAUUUGUUGUAUGUACGACCUGAAACUCAGGAUAGCGCGUUUCAGUGGUCUGAUUUUAUUUUAAAGAAUAACUCAGAGCUUUUAAAUAAUCUUGGAAACUUUGUAAACAGAGCAUUAAUGUUUUUAAAAAACAGUUUUAACAGCACUAUACCGGAACUUCACCUCACUGACGAAGAUUAUCAUUUGAUAGCAAGUGUGAACAUGGAUUUGGCAGAAUACGUGGAGUAUUUGGACAAAAUAAAGUUGCGCGAAGGGUUGAGGGUGAUUUUAAAUAUUUCACGUGCUGGAAAUCAGUACAUACAAUCUUGUAAACCCUGGGUGCUUGUAAAAGGAAGCGAGUCAGAAAAGUCACGUGCAGGCACCGUUAUUGGCUUGGCUGUUAACCUAUCAGCGUUACUUUCCAUUCUUAUCCAACCAUACAUGCCAGAGAUAAGUGCACAAUUGCAGGAACAAAUCAAUGUAUCGAAGAAUGCUUACGCCAUACCGGAUUUUUUUGUUCCAAUGUUGAUGCCUGGUCACAAAACGGGUACACCGAGUGUCUUAUUUCAGAAGUUGUCGCCUGAAUUGGGAGAAGAAUUAAAAAAUAGAUUUGCAGGAGCUAAGUUAGAGACAAAAGUUGCUGACAAACCUAAACCAACUCCUCCAGUCUCAACCAGUGUGGGUAGUGCCGAUCCUGUCAAAGUUGCCCAACUUGAAAAAGAAGUAGCGACACAAGGUGAUGUUGUUCGAAAAGCGAAAUCUGAAAAAGCGAGUAAAGACGUCAUCGAUACAGAAGUUAAAAAACUUUUGGAUUUGAAGAAAUUAUUAGCCAUUGCGCAAGGCCUGGACCCUAACGCAACAAACAAACAAAACAAGGGUAAGAAAGGCAAAAAGAAGUAGAGAUUCAGAAAUACAGAAAUAAAUAAAUACUGCCACAAAA